GGCACGCCGUGAAGAGUUAACCUAUGGCGAGUUAACCGAUGCUCACGUGAAAUUCAAAUUCAAAGCAAUGCGUGACGUGCCCUGCGAAACGAAGUUACUUUACAUUCCUCGACGUAAUAUUCGACGAUAAUAUUCCGAGGGAAUAAAAAGAGAAAAAGCGACGUUUGCUGUUCAGCGAUUGAAUCAAGUUUUCUCAAAAUAAUAUUGUCUUCAAGGAAUCGCAAAGUGGAAUACUCCUACAAAUUUGGUUAAGUUAAGGGAGCUAUGAACAAUGAGAGUGAACCUACGAAGCAGGAUGAAGAUAAUCUGGAGGAGAUAAUCGACAAACAAGCCAAAAGGCUUCAGGAACUCUCUACUGCGACGAUAUUAAUAAAAGGUAAACAAAAUGUAAAGAAUGAACUUCAUAAAGCGCGUGAGGAAGUCGAGCACAUUUCCUGUAGCAUCAACGAAACGAAGAAAAUGUUGAGGAGAAUACACGAACAGAACUUUCGGUCGAAGGAAUUAUUGAUGCUGGUUGAAACCUUGGACAAAAAAAUUCUGCAUCAGGAAAAGAAUGUUCCACCCGAGCUCAUACAAGGUUUCCAGAAUGCAACUGUGUUGUCUCCCAAUGUGUUAGAAUGCACGGUAAAUUCGACGCAUCAAUUGACAGUACCUAGUAGCAUAAGAAGCGUCAAAACAAUUGAGAAGCAAGAAAUGGUGAAGGAUUGUAAAAGAACGCUUUUCAAUGAACCAGAAGUAUGCCCAACGAUAUCAUUUCUCGAUUCAGAAGAGAUCAACAAGAUCCCUAAGUACAUUAUUGGGAGGCAAACCGUUAAUAGUUUAGAGAUAAUUAAUAACUUUAUAAGCUCCAUAAAUCAAACGCUAAUUGCUAAGUAUACAAUCUUAUCGUUGGGAAAGGCUAACGCUCAAAAGAAGGGUGAAAUUAAUCUGUUUUUACAUUAUAAAAAGCAAGAAUUUGAUAUGCAAAAUGAAAAUGGAUAUCUCUACUUUUUCACAGCUGAGGAUUAUUACAAUCAAACGAAAACAAAGAUUGAUAGGACCAAGUUCAAUUUACUAACUGCGUUGCGCCAUUGCAGACGUUUACGAGAAUGCAGGAUCAAAAAUGAAUUACGUUAUGUUAUAACGCCACAUUAAUUAAUAAAAAUUUCUUUGUAUACAUGCAUUUUUAACUUGAUCAUGAUAAGAAAAUGUACUGUAACAAUUUUAAUAAUAUUGUGAAUAUAUAGCUCUAAUAUUCUUGUAUUAUUAACAUGGUUAGAAUCUUGAAAUAUAUAAAAAUAGAAUAUAUACAAUAGGUA